GCAAGCGCACUUUACUUAUAUGUGCUUUAAAGUCUGCUAAUAAUCCUAGCUUCUCUUUUAUGGAAGUGAAAGAAAAAACAAUAUAAAGUCUUAAAUCCUUCACUCAUUCUAUAAGUAAAUGUGAUUUAAAUUACAAAGUACUUUACAAAACUUUAAAUUUCCUUCCAAACUAAUAAUGCCUGAACUAAGUAGACGUGAAUCUUGUACCGGUAGAUUUCUCGACCCUGCGAAUCUCUUGCAAACAAUUCCCGACCACGAAAAAGGAUUCGAAAGUACGAUCCACUAUAAACAUGUAAGUCAGUUAAUUUCCUUACAAUUUUCCAAAAUUUUGCAAAUAUUGCACUACGAACUUAACAACAAUCUCUUAUACUUCACCACUUGGAAAAAGGCGAAAGAACACUUCAUGGACAAAAGAAAACUCGACACUCUUCCGGUGGAGUGUUGCCUUGCAAUCAUUACCUACACCAUGGACGAGAAAAUCAACGGCACAAAACUUUAUCUGGACUUUAAUGAAAAAUGUAGGCGACUUGGAGACGACGGUACUUGGCAAAGUUUCCCAUACAAGAGUUUGUACGCGUUGUUGACACGCAGCAUACACACCAUCACUAAUAAUCCCGAUGUUACCACACCCAUUUACUACCGUGGACUGAAAUGUAAGAUUACAGAUAUAAAAGAAGCCCUGGAGUUUAUAGGUGGUAGCGACGAAGACACACAAGGAACUCUGAUGGUGUUUGAAGGAAGCGCAAUGGCGGCUUGCGGUAUUAUGGACUACUCAGCCUUCAAGGAGGAGCAGGAAAUUUUAGUUUUUCCAUGGAGUACAUUCAAGGUUACGAAAAUAAUAACAGGAGGUAGUCAGGACCAAAUUUUUCUUAAAACUAUUGGUCCGUUUAUCGCAACUCUUCCUUACUCUGGAACUUACAUCAAAAAAGGGGUUACAAUACAAAACUAGACCUAUUCUAAUAAAAUAUUUUACAAAGUCA